AUGUCGUACAAGAACUUCGACGGCAACUGCGUACACGUCACCUUCUCUCUCAGCGAGAUCGGGAGUCAUCAGGUCUCGGCUGAGUUUGUCGACUCGAGACCCUCGUAUGCAGGACCUCCGAUCGCUUCCAAGCCUUGUAACGUGGAGGUGAAGUCAGGACCUGUAGAGCAGCUGGACUUGCAGCUUCAUGCUCCUGCGACUGACGACCCUCUUCAGUGUGGCUUCACGCUCGCUGCAUGUGACCGGGCGUCUCGAAAGACAAACUAUCAUCCCACGAGCGAGUGGGAGGCUACAGUGGUGGCACGGGUGCUGGAGGACCAUCUCGUCCGGAUAGAGACCAAUGCGGUAACCCUCAACGCUCGUCAUCCCACGGUCAAAGGAACCUUCACGCUCGUGCCUCAGAGACAAGAGCAGCAGGAGUUAUGCGCUUGUACGCUUGUGUUUAACGUGCAGAGCAACAUUGCCAUAAGGUCGUUGGAUCAGCGAACGAUGAACGUGACGCUUCCUGCUGCAUCUGCUGGCGUGCACGAUGACACUGCAAUCAAUGACAACGAGAACGAGGAGGUGCAGGAGGCGAGCAGAGCCAACAUCGCCUUCGAGGAACAGCCGGUGAUUAUCGAAGACGACACAGAAGAAGAGGAGAAGCUCAGGGUCGAGGUACAAACAUCCAUAUGCCAUCAAAACAUCGAGAACGCUAUUGCAAGGCUCCUCAAGCGAGAGGGUGUCUCUCCUGCUAUCCAAUCUUACUACGUCGAUAUCGCAGCAACUUCGGACUUGGGGAAGCUGAAGCGAGACUGUGAGAGGUUUCAAACAGGCAUCAGGAAUCACAAUGCAGAGCUGACCGAGCGGUUCAAGGACUUCAAGAACAAGUAUGACGAUCUUCAGUACAAGACGGAGGUCACAGAUGUCAAGAUUCCUGCGAGCUGCAAGGACGCUUUAGGGUGUAUUUCCUCCUUGUUCUCCAUCGACCAUCCUCGGGCAGCAGACAUUCAGACGGCCUUGUCGACAGCUUUCGGCGAGGACCUCAACUCCGUCAUCUUUCAGAGCGAUGGAGACUUGGAUGAGCAGAUGGACGGCAUCUGCCGUCAGUCCAAGUGUCGAGUCAAGAGCGCUUGCCUGGUAGAGCAGGACAGGUUGCCCGAGGACGUCGAGGAGUCUCGCGGGGCCCUGGGACGAGCCGACAGCUUCAUCGUCCUCAACAAGUCUCGUGAUGCAGAGACAGACAGGAAGCUGCUCUCCUUCGCCGAGCGAUUCUUCAGGAGGCUCGUCGUCUUCGAGCAGUCGGAUGAUGCCAUCCGCUACCGCACGCGCUCCAUGCUUCGAGGCGAGAUGGUGGUGGGACUGGACCGACCGAACAAGGUCAUUUCAUGGGACGGGAGCCAGACGCUGCUGGACAAGCAAGUGAGGUGUGCAAGGAUGGGCAUCGUCGAGUACUGGAGAGCCAAAGCAUAUAAGGAGCUGCAACGGCAGAGAGAUGAGCUUGACUCCAUCGACAAGGAGCUCAAGGAGAUCAUCAAGAACUGCCAGGAGCUUGAGGAGGAGGAGGAUAGUCAGAGCACCCGUUUGACCAGGAGGAAGCGAGUGAAAAAUCAAGAGCAGCGACAGGAAGACGGGGAGGACGAGUUGAGGCCUCGCAAGCUCUUUCCGAGGAGAAUUGAGGGCCAUGAGAGGAAAGGAAAGGCAAACGAUACGAGGGAGGCGAGUCUUGCAGUGACGUUGAACCUCAAGUAA